AUGGCUCGUUACCCUGUCAAAACCAUUGCCUCUUUGGCCUCUUUCAUCGCUGCUGCCGCUGCUUCCGAGACCUGCGAUCAGGUCGCCAGCCUGUAUCCAAAUAUUACCAUUGACCAGCCGCUUUCGCUCGAGUACACCACAGCGCAGACGGAAUAUUGGUCAACGUCUUGCGGAGACCUCAAGCCAGCGUGUAUAUUGACGCCCACUACGACCGAAGAGGUUGCCCAGAUCGUUCAGGUAUUGCUGACCAAUAAUGAAACCUUUGCUAUCAAGUCUGGUGGUCAUAAUCCCAACAACUACUUUGCUAGUGUGGACGGAGGCCCCCUGAUUUCAACCAAGCUGCUCAACGAGAUCGCACUGGAUAAUGCCACCGAGACUGUCAGAGUCGGACCGGGCAACCGCUGGGAUGACAUCUCGGCUGCGUUGGACGGUACCGGGUACACAGCUGUCGGAGGUCGCAUAGGCAAUGUAGGCGUUGGUGGUUACCUGCUUGGAGGUGAGCACAUUGGAUUUAUUUAUCUAUCCGAGGAAGGAUUCGCUGACGGGAACAUGAUAGGCGGCUUGAGUUUUAUGAGCACUGAGUACGGAUGGGCAGCGAACAACAUCAUCGAGUAUACACUCGUCCUGGCCAAUGCUACCGUUCUUACCGUGACAGAGGACACCUACCCAGAUAUCUUCCUGGCACUCAAGGGCAGCGGAAGUAUUUACGGAAUCGUGACUUCCUUCGUGCUUGAGGCACACCCGCAAGGCCAAGUAUGGGGUGGCAAUCUGUGGUUCGACGCAAACGACGAUACAACUCCCAAGCUUCUGGCCGCCCUUCGCGACUUUACUGAGUACUACCCGGACGAGAAGGCCGCCAUCAUCCUCACUGCAGAGCGAACCUUGGGCACGCUUCUCGACAUUUGGAUCUUGUUUCUGUACUACAACGGACCAGAGGUCCCGGCCGGCGUGUUUGACAACUUCACUUCCAUUGCCCACACGAUCGACACGACCAAGACGCAGAGCAUGAAUGAGCUGGUCAGCGGCAACAACUGGGCCGUGGUCAAGGGCAGCGUCUAUACCAUUGGCACCGAGUCGACGCCGCUACCCAGCGAAGCCAACGGAGCCGAGGUUCUGGGUGCCUACUAUGACACUUGGGUCAACGUGAGCAACUCGGCCUCCAUGGUGCCGGGGCUGAUUGCCAGCAUUGCGUUCCAGCCGCUGCCCAAGCGCAUUGCUCAGCUGGCACGCGCCAGUGGUGGCGAUAUGCUGGAUUUUGAUGAUGACGUUGACCGCAUCAUCAUGGAGCUGGAUUACAGUUUCUUGUUCAAUGACCAAUAUCCCACGGUGGACCAGACCAUGCAGGACACCUACAAUGGGCUAGCGGCGGACGUGAGACAGUUCCAGGCGGCCGGAAAGCUGGAGUCUGAUGUCUAUCUACCUAUUUUCAUGAAUGAUGGGUUCUACAGACAGGAUUAUUUUGGCCGGCUUCGAAGCGAGAAGCAAGACUUGGCGAAGAGUGUACGGGAUCAGUUGGAUCCUGAAGGGUUGUGGAAGGACAGGACGGGCGGCUUCAAGAUUCUGGAUUAG